AUGGAGAAAGAGAUAGAAGAAGAAAAUGGUAGGAAUCCUAAGAUCAAUAGGUACUGGAUCCAACGUUACGAUCUGUUCUCGAGAUAUGACAAAGGAAUCGAAAUGGAUGAAGAAGGAUGGUACUCUGUGACUCAUGAAGAAAUCGCAGUCAAACAAGCAGAGAGGUGUCGUGGGAAAGUGGUGGAAUUGGCAAUCAACAAUGCAAAGGUUUAUGGAGUUGCUGAUCGUGUGGAUUUGUCAUUGGGAGAUGUAUUGUUUCUUUCGCCACCAUGGGGAGGACCAACAUAUUGCGAAGUCGAAAGUUUCAAGAUGGAUAUGCUCAAGCCAAGAGACGGGUAA